CUACUUGCAAGGAAGAAGAGGAGGAAAAGGCCAGCCAGGCGGCCCGCGGAGGGAGUGUCUGGUUUCAGUGUCAGCACCAGCCAUUCAGAGUGCGGCGAUGCUGGGGGCCUGCCUCAGGCUCUGGGUCUGUGCCCUGUGCAGUGUCUGCGGCGUGAGUGUCAUCAGAGCCUAUCCCAACGCCUCCCCGCUGCUCAGCUCCAGCUGGGGCGGCCUGAUCCACCUGUACACGGCCACAGCCAGGAACAGCUACCACCUGCAGAUCCACAAGGACGGCCACGUGGACGGCACACCCCACCAGACCAUCUACAGUGCCUUGAUGAUCAGUUCCGAGGAUGCUGGCUUUGUGGUGAUCACAGGUGUGAUGAGCAGAAGAUACCUCUGCAUGGAUUUCAGAGGCAACAUUUUUGGAUCACAUCACUUCACCCCGGAGAGCUGCAGGUUCAGACACCGGACGCUGGAGAACGGCUACGACGUGUACCAGUCUCCUCAGCACCACUUCCUGGUCAGUCUGGGCCGCGCCAAGAGGGCCUUCCUGCCGGGCGCGAACCCGCCGCCCUUCUCCCAGUUCCUGUCGCGGAGGAACGAGAUCCCCCUCCUCCUCUUCAACACGCCCAGGCCGCGGCGCCACACCCGGAGCGCCGAGGACGACGCGGAGCCGGACCCGCUCAACGUGCUGAAGCCCCGGCCCCGGGUGACCCCGGUGCCCGCCUCCUGCUCGCAGGAGCUCCCGAGCGCCGAGGACAACAGCGUGGUGGCCCGCGACCCUUUGGGGGUGGUCCGAGGCAACAGGGUCAACGCACACGCCGGGGGCACGAGCCCGGAAAGGUGCCGCCCCUUCCCCAGGUAUAUGUAGGGAGCCCCAAAGGAACCCUCUUUAACCGGUCUUCCAGCAAACCAAGCUGUCUUUAUGGGAACCGCUCCCUUCACACGCCCGGGAAGGGGGAGUGGGGUGACCGUGGAAUUAGCCGCUCCUCUCUGUCUCCCUCCCCAGGAGGUCCCCUGAGAGUCAACCUGUGGGGCCAGAGUAGCUGGGUUUCACCGCCUUCCUCACCCCGCGUGUACCACUUUUCCGAAUAAGAAACCCAACGUGUAAACUAGAAAUUUCCCCUUCAGGAAGGCGGAAAGAGGGGACCCCUCCCUCCCGACCCCCGCCGGAUUUCUCUUCUCUGUGCCUGUCUUCUUAGUCAGUUUAGCGUUCAGCAAAAGCAGUGGGUUCGGGAACUCACUGCUUGGAAGUAGGCAAGAAGCAGGCCCAGAAGCCUCUCCACUGCCCCGUGCAUCAUUUCGUGCCGGGAUCCUGUGGGCAGGUGGGUUUGCAACCUUGACAUUAACAACUGAACGGGGCAAGCUGAUGAGGACGCUAAUUUUAAGCCUCUGUUCUUCCUGGAUCCUCUCUGGGGAAGAGCUGUCAGAAAAGAUUGGUGGUAGCUGGUCAAAACUUGACACCUAGUCUGCUGGAACACUCACCUCGCCACAAGGGACACCCUUUGCCUGCCACUCCUCUGUGCAGUGGAGCCAGAGGGCUGAGAAUGGACCUGCUCUGUGCCCAAGUGACUCAUGAUACAGCCUUGCCUCUUGUCCCCAUCCUUGGUUUUAGUGAAUUUGGCCUGAGGAAUAGAGUUCAUAUCAGCUCAUGAAAAUCUACCCUGCUAGGAUUUGCUUGUCAAAAUGGAAAUAAAUUCACACUCUCCUAAGAGGCAUUUAAUUAAGCCACUACUUCCUGGUUGAGUAGUUAUCCAUUCCGGGAAAAUUACAAAAAUGUCACUGGGGAGGAGGCCUUGAGACACUGGGACCGCUCUGGGUUAGAUUUUCUGUGGAUUGAAAAAUUGUGACCUUUUCCCUAAGUGAAAUGACAUCAAGGACUCAGGGGAAAAGGAAGUCCACUAACCAGAGGACAAGCUGUAGGAGUUACGAAAGGAACACCGUCAGGCUCUCCACCGUGGUCUCAUUAGUGCUCCGUAGCCGCGGCUAUGGGAUUAGUUAAAACCCUCCUAGGCUGACACAUCUGUGUGAAUUUCCACUUGGAAAUUCUUGGGGCAUCAAAUGAAGACAGCCUUCAGUCCCAGGAGCCCCAGUGCUAGCCUGCAGGAAACAAAGCCUCACCUGGCAAACAGCUGAGAAGGCCAGGCAGGUGGGACUGAGGUGAGCCCUCAUCCUAGCUGUACCCCAUUACUAAGAUUCUUCCCGCAAGGACCCCUCUCUUUUCCUACCUUUAUUUGAAUGACCACCUGAAGAGAAGAAAAGCAGAUUCAAACAACAGCUUCUUCCCAGUCACCUUUUUCUUAAAUGCCAUCAUGUACCCAACCUUAGAAAUUGAUUCAUUCUUUUCAGUUAUCAGAGAAACACUGAACAAGGUUUUAAGCUGAACUUGAAGGGCCAGUUCCUAUUCUGAAGCACUAAACCUAUGUAUAACAGUGUAUAGCCAUACAUGGCAAACAUUUUCUUUAAUAGUUUUCAUUUCCUGUCAGGGAUAUUGUCCUAUGUAAUAGCCAUUGGAGGCUUUUCAAUACUGUUAACUAGAUGAAAAAUCCCAAAAGGACCUUGUUAGAAAAGUGGUUGUAAUCUCACAAAUGCAACACCACCACAGGGGUUUUCUUUUUAACAGAGCCAAAGGAGCCCCACAAUUUCUUAUGUCCCUUAGCACGUGGCAAUAUUUAUUUAUUUAUUUGGAAG